CACCAACAUUUUUUGGACUAAAAAAAGAAAAAUUUAGUUUUAAUUCUUUAAAAGGUUUUUCAAAUUAUGCAGAAUAUACUAAUUCUGUUUUCGAAGCUACAUUUUUGCAUGCAAUUGCAAUAGUAAUUGAGGAAUCAGUUUUGGAAGAAACAAAAAAAUUGUCUGCUUGGAGUUUAUUAAUUGAUGAAAAUAUAUCAUAUUUUCUUGAUUAUGAAGUUACAAUUAAAGAGCUUUAUGCAUAUUUUGUUAAUUCUCAUAAUCAAUGGCAAAAUUUUUUAAUAUUUCAAGUACAAGAUGAAGAAUUUCUAGAAUUAUUAAUUUUACAAGCUGUAUCAACCUGA